AUGCAUAUUAAGAUAUCUUUAUAUAUUCUUAAAUAGAUGGAUCUGUAAAAAUUUUCAACCCUAACUUAGCAAACGGAUAAGUAUAUUUGGUAUAAAAAUUUACUGGAAUAAAAAGAAUUGAAAUAUGUUAUUAAUAACAAUAACUUGUUGUUUAGACAACCACAAAUUAAAUUUUUAUUUUUAACUAUCAAGGAAAUAAUUCAACUGGAAUAUUUUUAGAUUUAAGUGACAUUACGCCUUUUAUCACAACAAAAUAUACUCUUUCAUUUUAAAUCCAAUGUUAAAAUAAUUUAAUCUUUACUUAGUCUCCUUACCUGA